UAAUUGGCAUUGGAAUCCAAAGACCACUAAAAGCCUAAAACCAAGAAACCCCAUUUUAACACCGCCACUUGGGAAGGCCUCCUGGAUCUGAAACAAACCCGAUAGCCUCCAAUUCAUGGAGCUGCACAACUCAACUCAGAGAAAUGAAGCCCAACCCACCAAACACAUCUUCAUCCUCUCAGGCCAGAGCAACAUGGCCGGCCGGGGCGGCGUGAAUCGUGACCACCAUUCUAAGCAUAAGCACUGGGACGGCGUCGUUCCUCCAGAAUGUACCCCGGACCCUUCCAACAUCUUCCGCCUCACCGCCCACCUCCGCUGGGAAGCGGCGCGUGAGCCACUCCACCACGACAUCGACACCAAGAAAGUAUGUGGGGUGGGACCGGGGAUGUCAUUUGCCAACGCAGUGAAGGAGCGAGCGGGGAUCGUAGGCCUAGUGCCUUGUGCUGUGGGCGGGACAGCCAUAAAAGAGUGGGAACGUGGAACCCACUUGUAUGAGAAUAUGAUCAAGAGGGUCAAAGCCGCCGUGCAUCAUAACGGCGGCGGUGGUGAAAUUAAGGCGAUGCUUUGGUACCAAGGUGAGAGUGAUACGUCGUCGCACAAAGAUGCAGAAUGCUAUGAGGCUAAGAUGGAGACAUUGAUUAAGAAUGUCCGUGCUGAUCUUAAUUUGCCCUCACUUCCCAUUAUUCAGGUGGCAAUAGCUUCGGGGGAUGGAAAGUACGUGGAAAAGAUAAGGGAAGCACAGAUGGGGAUGAAAAUGGAGAAUGUGGUAUGCGUGGAUGCUAAAGGGCUGCAGCUCAAGGAAGAUCAUCCCCACUUAACUACGCAGGCUCAGGUUCAAUUGGGUCAUAUGUUAGCCGAUGCUUACCUUUCCAAUUUCGCUUCUUCUUCUUCUUCUUCGGUAUGAAUGAAGUUAGUUACCUCUUUGUAAUGGGGUAUGGUAUGUUUUGUGCGUGGGAUGAGAGAGCAAUAACGAGGGAUGAGAGACGACCAUGGGGCCAACUUGGCGCAAGUUAGCAAUAAUUUGAUAAUCUGUCUCUGAUUGUGUGUAAUAAGAAGCUUUUGAGCUCCAAAACAUAUUAAUAAUCAUAUUAGUAGUCGUAUUAGUAUUAGUUAGGGCCUAAAACAUAAUCAUGUGGAUUGUGGGGUCCUUUUCGGUCGGGCUUGGCAAAUGGCAAUGUUCGAUGUCCGGCCGUUCUUUCCUUCCCACACCCACCGGCCCCGCUGUUUUAGCCACUGUUUUUACGUACCAUACUUCCCCGCAUAGCAUAGUGGCGGGAUAAUCAGUUGCUUUGAAUAAAUCUACGUUGAACUCCCC